AUGAACGAUAUUCCUGUGGGCUUUCUAGAAAUAGCAGCAUCGGGCGUUUUCCCAAAUGGUGUGCCUAUCAAGAAGGACUACACGGGCAUCCACUUGGUGGACGAAGGUCUAUCUUUCCUGGUGGCUGCCUUUCUAUCCGGCCCGAUGCGAUGGAACGAGCCUUAUUACUGGCAACAGCUUUACUUCCUCAUCCAAAUCACGGCCCUUGUCACGAUCAACAAUGUGGAGGCUAUUUCCAUCUGGGCCUUCGUCUAUCAGAAUGUUGGAGCAGCUUGCAUCGUCACUAUCUGGUGGCUACUCCUCCAUCGCGUCUCGCAGCCCAAAGCCUACUUUGAGAGCGGACGCACUGUCCCGUUGCCUUACGCGCGCGUGAUCCUACCGGGCGUUUUCCUGUUCUACGUUGUGCCUACGGUCGCAUUGUUCUUUCCCGACCAAAGCGCAGACAGGGUGCAAAAGCUCCUAGCAUUCUGGCAAUUUACACCCAUCCUUACCGGCAUCCCCAUGUGGCUCGUCUCCCUCUCUGGUACCUCGACCACCGUUACCGCGAGCAGCAGGAAUGCCGACGUUCGACAUCUUAAAGUCCUCUACGCUCUCCUUUUCGUUCUUUGUGUCGCAACUCAUUGGUACGCCAUCCGUGGAAUUUCCCUAUCGACAGACCCCGAUGUUACGUACGCCCGCGUCUUCUUACCAAGUACCUAUACCUGGAAGAGGAACGCUGAUUGGGGUUUGCUGUUCAUCUUCCAGUGGGAUUGGCUCAUUAUCGGACUAAUGUACAUCAUCCCGUCUUGGGUCGCUGUCUGCGAUGUGCAGCGGAUGAGGAACGGAGAGGCUACGCUCGAAAAUAUCUUCGAGAGCUUUCUUGUUAUUGCGGCACUGACAGGUGGUGGUGGCCCGGGCGCGACGCUUGCCGCUGUCUGGUUCUGGCGAGAGGCUGCAUUGGCGGACGUUGAGAUUGCAUCGGGGGCGAAGAAGGUGCAGUAA